AUGCCGCCGCCGCUCUACCGCUGCCACAACACCACCUCGGUGGAGAAGGGCAACUCGGCGACGAUGGGCGGGGUGCUCUUCAGCGCCGGCCUCCUGGGCAACCUGCUGGCCCUGGGGCUGCUGGCGCGCUCGGGGCUGGGGUCGUGCCCGCCGCGCCCGCCGCCCUCGGUCUUCUACGUGCUGGUGUGCGGCCUGACGGUCACAGACUUGCUGGGCAAAUCCCUCGUGAGCCCCUUCGUGCUGGCCGCCUACGCGCAGAACAGGAGCCUGUGGGGACUGGCGCCCGCGUCGGGCAGCUCGCUGUGCCAAGCCUUCGCCUUCUUCAUGUCCUUCUUUGGGCUCGCCUCGACGUUGCAGCUCCUGGCCAUGGCCCUGGAGUGCUGGCUGUCCUUGGGGCACCCCUUUUUCUACCGACGGCACUUCACCCUGCGCCGCGGCGCGCUCGUGGCGCCGGUCGUGGGCGCCUUCUGCCUGGCUUUCUGCGCGCUGCCCCUAGCGGGCUUCGGGAAGUUCGUGCAGUACUGUCCCGGCACCUGGUGCUUCAUCCAGAUGGUGCACGAGGAGCGCUCGUUGUCGGUGCUGGGCUACUCAGUGCUCUACGCCAGCCUCAUGGCGCUGCCGGUCCUCGCCAUCGUGCUGUGCAACUUGAGCGCCAUGCGCAACCUCUACGCGAUGCACCUGCGGCUCCGGCGGCACCCGCGCUCCGGCACUCGCGACCGCGCCGAGCCGGGCGCCGACGAGAGGGAGGCGGCCGCGCAGCCCCUGGAGGAGCUGGACCAUCUGCUGCUGCUGGCCCUCAUGACCGUGCUCUUCACCAUGUGCUCCCUGCCUUUAAUAUAUCGCGCUUACUAUGGAGCAUUUAAAACUGUCCAUGAGAAAGAUGGAACCUCUGAAGAAAUGGAAGACCUCCGAGCCUUGCGUUUUCUAUCUGUAAUCUCCAUUGUGGACCCUUGGAUUUUCAUAAUUUUCAGAACACCAGUAUUUCGGAUGUUUUUUCACAAGAUUUUCAUAAGGCCUCUUAUGUACAGAAAUUGGCCCAGCAAUUCCUGUCAAACUAACAUGGAGUCCAGUCUGUGA